AUGCCUAAGGAUGCCAGCAAUUUUACUAAUGCUAAGGGAGAGAAUGUUGCUACUGUUGUUACAACUGAAGUGCCCCUUGUUAGGNUUUUGGCUUCAGGUGCGAGGAUUUAUGUAACUCAUCUUUCCCAGACAAGUCUUCAUCUCGUUCUGGAUCAAUUUCUGUAUGCUGCAACAUGUUUACAACUCGUAGAGAUUGUUUGCAAUAAAGUGGAGACUUCUGCAAGAUCACCUCCACCUACUUUGAGAGCAUUUGUGUGCUCUAUUUCUGCUUGGCUUAGCGUUACGGAAUAUUGCUAUGAAAGAGGAGACAAAGAUAAGCAACUCCAACGGUCGAACUGCUCCAACCCUUUUGGGACUGGGGAGUUCCUUGUCAAGGUGGGUGGGGGGAAUAUUGGCAAUGCUGUCAAAAAUGAGCACCAUUCGCUCAUGGAAAUGUACUACUUUCCAGUAUCCAUCUUAGGAGCCUUCAUUAUUGGAAUGAAUUUAUUGAAAUUGGUGCUUAAUUUUGAAGUUUUUGAUGCCAGUAUGUUGAAAGCCAAUGAGACAGCCAUGGAAGUUUCUAAUAGUUUGAUUAGUAAGAUCCACAGUUCCUUUUCUGGUGGCUUACAUUUUGCAACACCAAUAUUUUCCUUGAGGACCAAUGAAGUAGACCUGGUGCGAGGUGUGUUACAAAUUUUACAAGGGUUAUCCAGUUCUUUGUUCUAUUGGGACAAUAUUGGACAGAGGUUCUGUCCCAUAAGUAGGAUUUAUGUAACUCAUCUUUCCCAGACAAGUCUUCAUCUCGUUCUGGAUCAAUUUCUGUAUGCUGCAACAUGUUUACAACUCGUAGAGAUUGUUUGCAAUAAAGUGGAGACUUCUGCAAGAUCACCUCCACCUACUUUGAGAGCAUUUGUGUGCUCUAUUUCUGCUUGGCUUAGCAGGUUACGGAAUAUUGCUAUGAAAGAGGAGACAAAGAUAAGCAACUCCAACGGUCGAACUGCUCCAACCCUUUUGGGACUGGGGAGUUCCUUGUCAAGUAUUUCCUCAGGAGCUGAAUUUUUAUUGCAAAUAGUGUAUGGAGCCAUACCUCAAGUCUAUUUUGAACUUGAUCCUCCGGUCCUGGCUGCUGACAUUGCCACACAUAUUCUUGAUUAUCUUUAUAAGAAGCUCAAUGAAGUUUGUCUUGUGCAAGGUGGCGAGGAGGAUGCAUAUAGGAUGCUACUUUAUAUAUUUGUUGGGAGUUUAUUGCCAUAUAUAAAGGGUUUUGAUUCCUGGCUUUUUGAAGGAACACUUGAUGAUCCUUUUGAGGAGAUGUUCUUUUAUGGUAACAAAGCAAUUGGAAUAGAUGAGGCUGAGUUCUGGGAGAAGAGCUAUCUUUUGAGACGAACGCGGUAUCAGAAGUUGGAUGUCGCUUACACCACUGAUCUUCAACCUUUAACAGAUGAUAAGAAGGAUGUAACAGGAAGAGAGUCCAUUUCCGUUUCAAUUUCUGCAAAAAGAAAAGAUCGGAAUGAGAGAGACCUUCAAGUUUGUCCUUUGUUUAUGAAGGACAUAGCUAAGUCAAUUAUUUCUGCUGGAAAAUCUUUGCAGCUGAGUCGACGUGCUCCCUCAGCAUGCUUAGCGGUAUUUGGUGAUAAUCAAGAGAUUGGGCAGAGCAUAGCUGCGAUUACUUUGUCAGAGAUCUUUUGUGUCUCAGUAGUAGCUCUUGUUGGCCAUGGUGAUCACAUCUCCAAAUGCUUUUGGGAAGAUGAAAGAAUUGUUUCUUUGUUUCACUCUUCUGUGGGAAAACAAAAACCACAAGUAACUGGAGAGAGCUUGCCAGGCGUAGCAUGCUCUGAGAAGAUUUGUAUUUCCUCAGGAGCUGAAUUUUUAUUGCAAAUAGUGUAUGGAGCCAUACCUCAAGUCUAUUUUGAACUUGAUCCUCCGGUCCUGGCUGCUGACAUUGCCACACAUAUUCUUGAUUAUCUUUAUAAGAAGCUCAAUGAAGUUUGUCUUGUGCAAGGUGGCGAGGAGGAUGCAUAUAGGAUGCUACUUUAUAUAUUUGUUGGGAGUUUAUUGCCAUAUAUAAAGGGUUUUGAUUCCUGGCUUUUUGAAGGAACACUUGAUGAUCCUUUUGAGGAGAUGUUCUUUUAUGGUAACAAAGCAAUUGGAAUAGAUGAGGCUGAGUUCUGGGAGAAGAGCUAUCUUUUGAGACGAACGCGGUAUCAGAAGUUGGAUGUCGCUUACACCACUGAUCUUCAACCUUUAACAGAUGAUAAGAAGGAUGUAACAGGAAGAGAGUCCAUUUCCGUUUCAAUUUCUGCAAAAAGAAAAGAUCGGAAUGAGAGAGACCUUCAAGUUUGUCCUUUGUUUAUGAAGGACAUAGCUAAGUCAAUUAUUUCUGCUGGAAAAUCUUUGCAGCUGAGUCGACGUGCUCCCUCAGCAUGCUUAGCGGUAUUUGGUGAUAAUCAAGAGAUUGGGCAGAGCAUAGCUGCGAUUACUUUGUCAGAGAUCUUUUGUGUCUCAGUAGUAGCUCUUGUUGGCCAUGGUGAUCACAUCUCCAAAUGCUUUUGGGAAGAUGAAAGAAUUGUUUCCUUGUUUCACUCUUCUGUGGGAAAACAAAAACCACAAGUAACUGGAGAGAGCUUGCCAGGCGUAGCAUGCUCUGAGAAGAUUUGGUAUAAGUUAUUAGCUGAUACAUUUUCUAGGAACAGAGAGAUUGAUUUAACAUCUAUGCCUAAGGAUGCCAGCAAUUUUACUAAUGCUAAGGGAGAGAAUGUUGCUACUGUUGUUACAACUGAAGUGCCCCUUGUUAGAUCAUUCUGCCCAGAAAAUCCAUCUAUGACUGUUUGCCAAAGAUCACUUUGUGAGAAUAAGGAUGCUUGGAGCACAUUGAACUUGUCCAGAAACUUUUAUCUGCCCCCUUUAAAUGACGAGGGCUUGAGAAGGGCUAUUUUCAGUGGAGAUAGUGGACCGUUUCUGGUAGAUAAAGGAACGAAUUAUACUUUUGGUUUUCAGUUUGGUGAAUAUGAAUAUGCUCGCUCACAGGAGGACACAAAGAUGUUAGAAGGGUUAUUCCCAUUUCCAACUCUCCUUCCAUCGUUUCAGGAGGACCAUCAUAUGUCAGAGUUUUUACCAUUUCAGAAGAACAGCACCCUUCCUUCAAGAAUUCUUAGCUGGAUUCAAAGUGUUGAGCUGAAAGCUACUCUACUUCCUGUGGUUAUUCUACAGGAAUGCCUUAUUGUCUACAUCAAGAAGCAGGUUGAUAAAAUUGGUGGAAAUAUAUUGUCAAAGUUACUUUAUGACUGGAGAUUGAUGGAUGAGCUGGGAGUGUUGCGUGCUAUUUUCCUGUUAGGUUCAGGUGAUUUACUGCAGCACUUCUUGACUGUGGUUUUUAAUAAGUUGGACAAGGGAGAAUCCUGGGAUGAUGAUUUUGAGUUGAACAUGAUAUUACAGGAAUCAAUUAGGAACUCUGCUGACAGCAUACUGCUAAGUGCACCAGAUUCGCUGGUUGUCUCUAUCAGCAAAAAUAAUAGUUUAUGUGGUGAUGAGCAACAUGAUGCAUCUAUCCUUGUCUCAACGCCUCGGAAAAGUCGUGCGCAGAUCUUUGGAAUUGAUGGGCUUGAGUCACUGAAGUUCACAUACAAGGUCUCUUGGCCACUCGAACUUAUUGCUAAUACAGAAGCAAUUAAGAAGUAUAACCAGGUGAUGAGUUUCUUAUUGAAGGUCAAGCGUGCAAAAUUUGUUCUGGAUAAAGCUCGGAGGUGGAUGUGGAAGGAUAGAGGCAUUGCAACAAUCAGUCGCAAGCACCACUGGUUAGUGGAGCAAAAAAUACUCCAUUUUGUGGAUGCUUUUCACCAAUAUGUGAUGGACAGAGUAUAUCAUAGUGCAUGGUGUGAACUUUGUGAAGGUAUGGCAGCAGCUGGAUCAUUGGAUGAAGUCAUUGAAGUGCAUGAGGCCUACUUAUUAUCAAUCCAGCGACAAUGCUUUGUUGUUCCGGACAAGCUGUGGGCAUUAAUUGCUAGCCGGAUCAACAGUAUCCUUGGAUUAGCUCUGGACUUCUAUUCCAUACAGCAGACACUAAGCAGUGGUGGAGCUGUUUCCGCCAUCAAGGCUAGAUGUGAAAUGGAAGUGGAUCGGAUAGAGAAGCAGUUCGAUGAUUGCAUAGCCUUCCUCCUGAGAGUCCUAUCUUUUAAGCUCAAUGUGGGGCAGUUCCCUCAUUUAGCAGAUUUGGUCACUAGAAUCAACUACAAUUACUACUACAUGUCUGACAAUGGAAACUUGAAAACUGUCCCUGGAUCUGAGACCGUUACUUCUAAGUUGGGGAAGGCCUUUCCGGUCAGAGCAGACUGA